GCUCAUCGGGAGCGUGAGGAAGUCGGUGAAUAACAUUAUUCUCUGCAGUGCAGUAUUGGUACGGAUUUACGUUCUAAUGGUGGCUGAAUCACGGACAUCUGUCGCACUGGCUUUGUUUACAUCAUUCAGCCGAUUAGUGAAGGUCAUACUCGUCGCAAAUACCGCCAUAUGAAUGACGGCUCAGCAGUUGUAAAUUUGACACGAGACCGUCCUGAUCGUAUGUGGCAGUGGUGAUCAUGGUAGUGAAGCUGUUAUGGAUUGCUGUAUUGUUAGCCACAGAUGUGCUCUCUAUUGUCGAUUUCCCCUGUAAAAAUGAUAUUAAAUACCAUAAUCUAGGAAUCUGCAUAAUCGAAAAAUUCCACUACGAUGAUCUCGCCAACCUGACUGAAGAUAGUUUCCCAAAUGCAACUAAUCUGGAGUUCUGGGACACUUACUUGCCAUACUUUGGAGUGCACGUGUUCGAGAUGCUACCGGCUGAUAUACAACAGUUGACAUUUCGUGAUGGCUUCAUACGGGAAAUCUAUCUCCAGUCGUCGUCGUCGAUCGAAAGGCUACGAAUAUUGAAUACGGACCUGGUCACACUAGACACAGUGUCGGAGCCCAACUACAGUUUGAAACAAUUAUCUGUCCGAUCACCGGUGUAUUCCGCGUGGUCUCAGGGUCUUCUCUAUAUGAAAGCACUGGAAGUGAUUGAUGUGGCUUACUGCAACUUCAGCUAUCUGAGCUUGGAUUGGUUCGAAGGAUACGAAAACUUGCGAGUAUUGGAUGUUUCGAAAAAUAGGUUGCAAACGAUCCAUAGUCGACCGGGAUUGGUCAUGAGCACGCUAGAGGAGCUUUACCUCUGGGGUAAUCGAUUGGAGUUUGUGUGGCGAUUUCCGGAUGCUUUUCCAAUUGUUUCGAUAGUGAAUUUAUCGGAAAAUCUGUGGAGCUGCACCUGGGUGACGCUAGCCCGCGAUGCGAUCCGAGAUCAGGGAAUUGUGGUGAUCGAUUCGGAUUACUCAUGCAAGGUUGGAUGGGUUAACAAUGGUGGGCUAUGUUGUCGGUUGCAUGAAGAUGUGAAUCCAGUUCCAGGUAGAGCAAACGACGACAUUAGCAGCCCAUCGUCUUGGGUAGUGUUGGCAGAUUACAUUCUAGAUGAUGCAAACGAUACUGUGAUUGGGAUGCGUGUGGGUAAUUCGGUUGUUUACCUUGCUAAGCCACUUUCCUAAUGAAUUGCUCGGUGUGAAUUGGGAAACAUUUGUGCAUUUUCCGUAGUUUAUUAGGUUAUUUAAGAU